CCCGAAAGGAGAGUUUCUCAGAUGGAGAAGAAACGGAGUCAUCGUGGGCACGGCUUUGACCGAUCAAAUAUUCCCCGCUAACCUUCUUCCUCCUCCUCCUCCUCGUCUUCGCUCUUUCUCGUUCUUGCCCUCUUGGACCGGGCAAUCAAUAUUUAAUUCCCGGGUCGAUGUCGAUCUCGUCCUCGUCCUCGUCCACUCGUUCUUGAACCCAUCGAGGAUCGGGAUCCCCUUGUUCCAGGAAGCACACCCAUUGGCGCCCGUCGACGACCGACCCCCCACGAUGCAAGACCGCUCGCUGUGAUCUUCUGGGUUUGCUUCUGAAUCGGGAGCUCCGGAUCGGGUGGGAUAAAUUUCUCUUCUUUUUUCAAGAAAAGACAUGGGUUUGAUCCAAGAAGCUCUGUCCGCGGAAUGGGAGCGCGAAUCCUACCCGGCGUACGCGGAUUUCGCCCUCCUCCCGCUCUUCGCCGUCUUCUUCCCUUCCGUCCGGUUCUUCCUCGACCGAUUCGUGUUCGAGAAAGCAGGCAGAAGGUUAAUCUUUGGAAAGGGAUAUCAGAGAAUGGAUCUUGAGACACAUGAUGGAAAGAAGAGGAUAAGGAAAUUCAAAGAAUCAGCAUGGAAAUGUAUUUACUAUCUUUCAGCUGAACUGUUGGCUCUCUCUGUCACUUAUGAUGAGCCUUGGUUCUCUAAGACGAUACAUUUUUGGGUAGGACCAGGAAACCAGGCCUGGCCUGACCAGAAAAUUAAGUUCAAACUGAAGGGAUUGUAUAUGUAUGCAGCUGGAUUUUAUGCAUAUUCCAUAUUCGCUCUGAUCUUUUGGGAAACAAGGCGAUCUGACUUUGGGGUGUCAAUGAGUCACCAUGUAGCAACUCUCAUUCUCAUUGUGUUGUCUUACGUAUUGAGGUUUGCUCGAGUUGGUUCAGUUGUUUUGGCUCUUCAUGACGCCAGUGAUGUCUUUUUGGAGGUAGGGAAGAUGUCCAAAUACGGUGGUGCUGAGACAUUAGCAAGUUUCUCUUUUAUACUCUUUGUCCUGUCUUGGAUAAUAUUACGCCUCAUUUACUACCCUUUCUGGAUCCUUUGGAGUACAAGCUAUGAGGUUAUUCUUACAUUGGACAAGGAAAAACACCGAGUAGAUGGACCAGUCUACUACUAUAUUUUCAACUCUCUGCUGUAUUGCUUGCUUGUCCUUCAUAUUUAUUGGUGGGUCUUGAUGUAUAGAAUGCUUGUCAAGCAAAUUCAAGCAAGAGGGAAAGUCAGUGAUGAUGUUAGAUCUGAUUCUGAAGGUGAAGAUGAUCAUGAAGAUUGAGCAGCCAGGGAAUGUUUAUGGAGAUAUUGCCACGAGGAGGCUGUGAUGUGCUAAAAUGUACAUUGCUGAGAGGUUGCUGUACUACUAUUCUUUUUGAAGCUAAUGCCAGUUUGUAGGAAUUUGUCUGUCAUUCAGUCAAGUGCUGAAGCAAUUAGAAGAUGUGAUGAUUAGGUGGGCCUGGUAGUUAAUAUGAGAUUUUGGCAUUAUGAUUCAGCGCCAUGGUUAGAUCACCAUCUCAUAUGGAAUUGUUUGAGGAACUCGCUGGGAAGCACAUUCUCAGAAUGGGCAGGUCUUGAAUUACAAACCUAUGUUGUUGGAAGUUGACAUUAUUUGACAGGCGCAGCAGUGUUAGAGACCAGAUUUUGGUUUAGAGAAGAGUAGUUCUUCUGGAAGAUGAGAUAUCCGUGUUUCGGUUGCUUGUGUACAAUAAGAAAGCCAAUUUGUUUUGUGCAAGUUUUCUGUUUACAAAUGUCUAAUUUUCUUCUCCCAAGUACAAUACGUGCAGCAUUGGAUGUUAUGGUAGAUUUCAUCUCGCA